AGUGCUCCGCCCCUGGCAAGUCGUCUUCUGCUGCUGGGAGCGACCUGCUCGUGCUCGAACCCGGUGGGCUAUGGCGGCUGCAGGGUCUGUGAAGGCGGCGUUGCAGGUCGCGGAGGUGCUGGAAACUAUCAUGAGCAGCUGCUUGGGGCCUGAAGGUCGGCAAAUUCUGUGUACGAAGCCCACCGGCGAGGUGCUGCUCAGCCGGGAUGGAAGUCGCCUUCUGGAGGCGCUGCACUUAGACCAUCCCAUGGCCAGGGUGAUGGUGGCAUGUGUUUCCAGUCAUCUAAGAAAAACAGGAGAUGGUGCUAAGACAUUUAUUAUCUUUCUUUGCCAUUUGCUCAGAGAACUUCAUGCAGUCACAGACAAAGGAAAAGACUCUUUCAUUUCCAAAAAUAUUCAAACCCAUGAAAGGCAUUGGAAAAAUUGUUGUCAGUGGAAAUAUAUCUCCCAAGCUCUUCUAACGUUUCAAACACAAAUAUUAGACUAUGUUAUGGACCACUACUUAAGUAGACACUUUUUGUCCAUCUUUUCUUCAUCCACUGAAGAGAGAAUGUUGCGUAGGAGCUCUUUCGAGUUGCUCUUAGAAACAUACUUUUGUGGAAGAGUGGGAAGAAAUAACCACAGCUUUAUUUCAGAAUUGAUGUGUGACUACUUUUUCAAGUGUAUGGCUUGUGAAAGUGAGUUUGAAGAAGUAUUUGAGUUAGUGGAUGACUAUUUCGUAGAGUUGAACAUUGGUGUCACUGGCCUUCCAGUUGCAGAUUCCAGGAUCGUAGCUGGGCUUGUGCUUCACAGAGACUUUUCUGUGUACUGUCCAGCAGAUGGGGACAUAAGAAUAGUGCUAGCAACAGAAACCAUUCAGCCCGUCUUUUCAACUUCAGGAUCAGAGUUUAUUCUAAAUUCAGAGGCACAGUUUCAGACAUCUCAGUUUUGGAUUGUAGAAAGGACAAAAGCAAUAAUGAAAUAUUUACAGACUCAGAAUGUAAAACUCCUCCUAUCUAGUGUGAAACAACCAGACUUAGUUAUUUAUUAUGCAGAAUUGAAUGGCAUAUCAGUGGUGGAAUGUUUAUCAUCUGAAGAAAUUUCUCUUAUUCAGAGGAUCACCAGUCUUUCUCCCUUUGUACUGCCACAAGCCUCUUCACAUCAUGAAGUCUUGAAUACCGCUGUGGUAAAAUUUUGUAAGCCCCUUAUACUUAGAUCCAAACGGUAUGCUCAUCUUGGCUUGAUUAGCACAUGUUCGUUUAUACCACACUGUAUAGUUCUUUGUGGACCAGUGCAGGGUCUUGUUCAACAACAUGAAGAUGCUUUACAUGGAGCAUUUAAAAUGCUUCAGCAGAUAUUUAAAGACCUUGAUCUAAAUUACAUGACACAGAUCAGUGACCAAAACUAUACAUCAAAUCCUCUUAUUUAUAAAACCAGAGAAAGUAAUCAGUCAUCAGAACUUGUUAAUGACUCGAUACAAAGGACAUAUCAAGGCAUAGAUGUAAAGAACAAAGAUGAACUGGCAAAAACUCAAACAUAUUUAAAAGUAUAUUCAAAUGUGGUCAUUCCAAGUGUAGAAUUAGAAGCAUGUAUUUCAUGUUCAACACCAAAAGUGACACCAACAGAUACAUACCAGGCAGACAAAACACUGAGAUGUUUAUCUGCAAACCCCAGGAUGAUUGAUGACCAUGAUCCAUUUAUUGUGAGUGAUCCUACCACUGAUUCAACAACAGAAAAUACUAGAAUAGAAAUUUCUUACAAAAAUGUAUUGAUCACAAAAAUUGCUGGAAUAGGGAAUAUGUUACCAGAGAGAUGUAAGUCACUGGAGGUGAGCUCUUCCCAGAGUUAUUGCUUCUCAUCUAUACCAGCAGGUUGUGUUUUACCAGUUGGUGGUAAUUUUGAGAUCUUGUUACAUUACUAUCUCCUCAACUAUGCCAAAAAAAGCCAGCGCUCAGAAGCAACCCUGGUUAGUGUGAUAAUAGCUAAUGCACUUUUAAGCAUUCCCCAAAUCCUGUAUAAGUCUAAGAAAGGAAAUCACAGCUUUCCACAAAUAUAUAUUAGAACUCUCCGUGCACUGCAAGCCAAUCAGCCCGUGGUGAGCAGUCAGACAGGUUUGGAAUCAGUAUCUGGUAAAUACCAGGUACUAACUUCAGUACUUCAGUGUUUGACAAAAAUUUUAACCAUUGAUUUGGUAAUCAGUAUUAAGAGACAGCCUCAGAAAAUUCAUGAUCAAGAUUCAGAAGAGGAGCUAUGAGAUGGGACUUCUUUAUAAAACAGAGAUAAUCCAACUCAAGCCAUAAAGUAAAGCAGGUGUAUUACCACUGAUUCUCAAGUCAAUCCAGUCAAGGUAGGAAAAACAGCACAAUUUAGAAAGUCUUUAGAAGUACACUUACUGCCUCUCCUUUCUGUAUUUAGUUCAUAGAAUCAUUUAAUCUCAGAUUUGGGUGCCGUCUUCAAAUGCCAUCCUAUUUUAAUUGUUUAUAAUAUGAAAUAUCUGCUUCAUUUAAAAUAAUUUAGUUUUCCUACUCAUAAUUUCUAAAGCAAUGAGUACAAAAUCUCUAUUUCCUUUCUCAAAAAACAUAAAUUGGUUGUUAGUUUUAUAUGGUCCCUGUUUAUUUCCAUUUCACGUGGAAACCCUGGAUUCUCACCAUCCAUAUGCCAUUAAAUAUAUGCUACCAAAAAUAUGACUUUAUGCAUUGUGAACAUAUUUUCAUUUCUGUAGUUAAAAGUUAAAUCCAGAAAGGAUAUGAAUUCAAACUUUAAUUUUCUCCUGGUCCCUAAGAGCUUGUAAAACUAAUAUAUUUACUGGUUGUUUUUUUUUCUUGUAUUUGGUGCAUAGCCAGAAUUCGAUAGUAACAAUAAUUUAAGAAUUAUUUAUUUCUAAUGGGAAGUUUAAAUGUUUUUAUUUUAAAGGUUUAUAAAUGCAAGCAAUACUAUGCAUCUACCCGUGGAUAAGGCAGUGUCUUCUACUUUUAGCAAUUUUCUGUAACACCUAAGACAGUGCUGUGUUUAUUCCAAGUAUUUAGAAGUGCUUGCAGAGUAAAACUGUUAUCUUUAAUCUGUU